ACAGAAGUUGCUUAGGCUGUUACUACCAUCAUGGCAACAAGUGGAAUGGGCACUGAUGAUGUGGAAAGCAGUUUGGCAGGGGAGUUUGUUGGUGGAAUGGUGACUGCAAAACGCUUCAGGUGUGAGGAGUGUAGCAAGCAGUUCAGUUCCCUUAGUCAACUGAAGAGGCACAUGCAGACUCACACUGGUGAGAAACCCUACAGGUGUGAGGAAUGCAGCAAGCAGUUCAGACAGCUGAGUCAUUUGAAGACUCACAUGCGGACUCACACAGGUGAGAAACCCUACAGGUGUGAGGAGUGCAGCAAACAGUUCACUACUCUGAGUCAUUUGAAGACUCACAUGCGGACUCACACUGGUGAGAAACCCUACGGGUGUGAGGAGUGCAGCAGGCAGUUUAGUACCCUGAGUAAUCGUAAGAUUCACUUACGGACUCACACAGGUGAGAAGCCCUACAGGUGUGAGGAGUGCAGCAGGCAGUUCAAUCAGCUGUGUGAUCUGAAGACUCACAUGCGGACUCACACUGGUGAGAAGCCGCACAGUUGUGAGGAGUGCAGCAAGCAGUUCAGUAGACUGUAUACUCUGAAAACUCACAUGAAGACUCACACAGGUGAGAAGCCCUACAGGUGUGAGGAGUGCAGCAGGCAGUUCAAUCAGCUGUGUGAUCUGAAGACUCACAUGCGGACUCACACUGGUGAGAAGCCGCACAGUUGUGAGGAGUGCAGCAAGCAGUUCAGUAGACUGUAUACUCUGAAAACUCACAUGAAGACUCACACAGGGGAGAAGGCCUACAGGUGUGAGGAGUGCAGCAAACAGUUCACUACUCUGAGUCAACUGGAGACUCACAUGCGGACUCACACAGGUGAGAAGCCCUACAGAUGUGAGGAAUGCAACAGGCAGUUCAGUCAGCCGAGUCAUUUGAAGACUCACAAGCGGACUCACACUGGGGAGAAACCAUUCACGUGUGAGAAGUGCAGCAGGCAGUUCAGUCAGCUGAGUCCUCUAAAGUCACACAUGCGUACUCACACAGGGGAGAAACCCUACAGGUGUGAGGAGUGCAGCAAGCAGUUCAGUCAGCUGUGUGAUCUGAAGAAACACAUCCGGACUCACACAGGGGAGAAACCCUACAGGUGUGAGGAAUGUAGCAAGGAGUUCAGUGAACUGAGUAAUCUGAAGACUCACAUGCGGACUCACACAGGUGAGAAACCCUACAGGUGUAAGGAGUGCAGCAGACAGUUCAGUGAUGUGGCUAAUCUGAAGAGACACAUGCGGACCCACACUGGUGAGAAACCCUACAAGUGA